UUCUCGUUGUCGUCAUCAACGUUACCUCGUUUGAUUUUAUCAUAACUCGGACAAUGUUCGCGGUUGUAAGUUUUAUCGUGUCAGGUGGUUUUUGAAUUGCCCCCGGCCCCCUUGACCCUAGUUUCGGCUCUCCUGUUGAUUUUGGAUUCCGGAUUUGACCGAAGUUGGUCCGCUUAAACAACAGAGGUUGGCAGCCAUGCGGCAGUGAGUCAUGGCUAACACCGCACAUCUGGUGCGACGUCAGAGCUCCAGAGAUCUCAACCCUCAACGCUCUCUGGACCGAGUUGAGAUGAAAGAGCUCCGCGGCCGAUUGGUCCUGGAGAAUGGAGGAAACAUGGCAAGCUAUGGCGCAACAAACGCUGGCUUUGACGAUACCAGCCCAGGCGUCAAGCAAGCCAUGCUCAAGACGUCAGGUGGUAUGGAGAGCAAGCUAGGGUCAAGUGAGGGGAAACCGAUAUUCCGUCCUGAGGCUGGCGAAGAGGAGAGAGAAUCGUGGGACUCAAAACUUACGUUUCUCCUAGCGACUGUGGGUUAUGCUGUCGGUCUCGGCAACGUCUGGCGCUUCCCAUAUCUGGCGCAGAAGAAUGGCGGAGGUGCAUUCCUGAUUCCUUACUUUGUGAUGCUGUGUAUCGAAGGUAUUCCAAUCUUCUAUCUAGAGCUGGCGAUUGGUCAGAGAUUGCGCAAAGGAGCUAUAGGAGUCUGGAAUCAGGUAUCGCCGUAUCUCGCAGGGAUUGGUAUCAGCAGUGCUGUGGUUUCAUUCAACGUUGCUCUCUACUAUAACACCAUUAUUGCGUGGUGCCUCUUUUAUUUUGUCCAGAGUUUCCAAUCUGAAUUGCCUUGGUCGGAAUGUCCGAACAAAUAUUUUGAAAACGGAACGUAUCUUCCUGAGCCUGAAUGUGUGGCAAGCACACCGACCCAGUAUUUCUGGUAUCGCACAACACUCAUGGUCUCGGAGGAUAUAGACCAUCCUCGGGCCUUCAACUGGAAGAUAGCAUUUGCUCUUGUCAUAGCUUGGAUUCUUGUCUACAUGUGCAUGAUCAAAGGAAUCGCUUCUUCAGGCAAGGUUGUUUAUGUAACAGCAACUUUCCCCUACAUUGUGCUGAUAAUAUUUUUCUUCCGGGGUGUAACAUUACACGGAAUGUCUGAUGGGUUACGACAUUUAUUUACUCCAAAGUGGUACACCCUCUCAGACCCCGUGGUAUGGUUGGAGGCCGGGACGCAGAUUUUCUUCUCACUCGGUCUUGCGUUUGGAGGUUUGAUAGCUUUCUCGUCUUACAACCCUGUCAACAACAACUGCUACAGAGAUGCAAUAAUGGUGUCUAUGACUAACUGCUUCACAUCUAUGUUUGCUGGCAUCGUCGUCUUCUCUGUCAUCGGAUUCAAGGCUACGCUGAACUAUGAGCGCUGUCUGGAGGAGAGGAAUGCAACAAUCUUUGCGACGUUCGGUCACACAAACGUCGACCUAUCCCGGCUGCCGACUGAGGGCUCGGCUGUCGCAUUGAUGGGCGACGUCGUCACAACAAUGCCACCCUUGCCAGAGUGCGACUUGGAGAAAGAGCUGGACAGUUCAGCUGCCGGCACAGGAUUGGCUUUCAUCAUCUUUACCGAAGCCAUCAACCAGUUUCCAGGAGCUCAGUUCUGGUCGGUUCUGUUCUUCCUCAUGCUGUUCACUCUGGGAAUCGACUCGCAAUUUGGAACUCUAGAAGGCGUUGUCACUUCUAUAGUAGACAUGAAGCUGUUUCCCAACCUCAGGAAAGAAAUAUUAACAGGGGUGAUGUGUUUGAUAUGCUGUGUUAUAUCAAUGAGUUUUGCCCACGGUGCUGGAAAUUACGUCUUCAUCCUCUUCGACAACUUCAGUGGCAACUUUCCACUUCUGAUAAUUGCCUUCUUUGAGUGUAUAGCUGUUUCAUACGUUUAUGGCCUCAAGAGGUUUGCUGAUGACAUAGAACUGAUGACAGGGACUCGGCCAGGCUGGUACUGGUUGUUGUGCUGGAAGUAUCUCUCGCCCUUGGCUAUGCUGCUGAUCCUCAUAGCCAGCAUCACGGAAAUCAUAGUCAACGGCAGCGGGUACCCCGCGUGGGUCGCCAGCAAGGGUGUAACGGAGACACGGGAGUGGCCAGUGUGGGCGCUGCUGCUUAUCGGAUGUCUUGUGUUGGCAGCUGUGCUGUGGAUCCCGGGAGUCGCCAUCUGUAGAGCUUUAGGGAUAGUAAUAAUAGACGACAACGAGAAAGCCUGGUUUCCAGCACAAGACUUGAAAGAAUUCCACGGGAUCGUGGAACACCGAGUUACCGCAGCGGAGACUUUAUUAUUCUGCAUUCGCGAGGAUGGGACGGAAGGGUUGUGUUGCCCAACGGGUGCGUCAGACGAUGAUGACGACGACGAGUCUUAGUCUGUCUCCGCAACUGCAUCCCAUGGUCAUGUCAAUGGUGCUAAGAGUGACAGAAAUGAUCAACAAUGCUUCAUCCACUGUAACGUAGGCCUUAAAUAACCUGAUUGAGUCGGAAAGGUCAGAGAGAAAAGUGAUAUUGAUGUUCCACAAGUUUUUAAAUGAUAUAUUUUUUCAGUUUCUUGUUUGUUUACAUUUAGCUGUUAGGAAAACAUUUAUUAUUUCCAAAUCAAAGUCUGGAAAAAACUUUUCAAUAUUGGUAGUUCAGGGUUAAUUUUCAGAUGAUAAGCCAAACACGGCUGUUUCAGACAGACGACUUGCGUUAUCUUAUCCCAACAGUAGCCACAGGCUUGUCCAUGUAACGUAAUGGUAUUUCAUUGUCUUUAAACCACCCUAUAAGAUUAUGAGUGUUUAUUUUAUUUUCCACAAGUCUCUGAUUAAUUCUCUAAAAAAUAUUAUUUUUACUGAAAACAUCAUUGUGAUUUUUCACUCUGUCCUUUCAAUAUCUUACACACUUUGGGAAAAAUAUUAUGUACCGUAUAUCAACAAUUUAAAAUUUAAAACAGCUAUACAUUGACAAUGAUAAGUAAUAUAUUGAUAACAUAACUAUAAUCCUCCCCGUCCAAAAAGUUCAUUGUAGAUCAUUUCAAGGAUGUUCCGUGAGUUUUACGAUCAAUGUGUAUUCAUGCCAUUCAAGUUUGCAAUAAAAUAAUCCACAUUGAUGUAAUCAUGAGUCAGACGACCUUGAGAUGCUAAUUUGUUAAUGUAGGUUGGCUUUUAGAUCCUCCUGUAAAAUAUUGUUGUAGAAAGUCCAGACAAUACUGAGAUCAGGUAUGCUUGUUGAAAGCAUAAGUAUGCUUCUCUCUUGCCUUCUGUAAGAAUAGGUUAACUGUAAUAAUAGUUGGGUUUGUGACAGAGGGUUGCGCCAAUAUUAUUUUCUUAAACCGGUUUACAAGUUUUUUUUAUUGAAUUGCAGCAAUAAUUAAACAAAUUUUACAAAGCAAUGGAACAUAAUAUUUGAUUACUUGACCUUUUACACUAUUGGUAAAAUGGUCAAUAGUUUGAUUUGGAAAAAACUCCAUACUAUAAGGAAAAAAUAGGAACUUUCAACAAGACGUUAAACUAUUAUUAAAGUAGUUCUUUUACACGUCAUUCCACCAAAUUGUUUCCAACUAAUAUUUACAGUUUAUAUUUCGAUUAUUUCACUACUAGUCCUGAAAGUGACCCAUUUUGGGGAAAGAUAGUGGUUUACCAGCGAGGCAAAGCCAAGUGCGUAAACAACUAUUGAGCCCCGGAAUGAAUUUUACAUGACAAGUAGUGAACAAUAUUUUUCAUAUUAUUCCAUUGUCUAGUAAUUCUGUUUAAAUCUGUCAUAGCAUAGGUUUACGAUUUAUUUAAAAGUCAGCUGUUUAAAAAAUAUUUCUCGUAAUAAAAUAAUGCAUAAAAUUAGUGCUCUUCUUUGAGCUAAACGGACAUUUUGUUUGUUUGGGCAAGGAUAAUUAAUUAGUGUUUAAGACUGGCAAAAUCAUAUGUUUUGCCAGAUUGGAUAUCAAUGAUUUUUGGAUAGCUCAGCUGUACGGAAAUGAGUUAUUUUCAUAAUCAGAGUGAUGUAAUAGUAUAUUACGUUAAUAGUCCUGAAAAUAAGUGUUUACCGGACGAGUGUGGUCGUUCCCGUGCGAGAUGAAGUCGAGUACGGGAUUGCCAUACGAGUCCGGUUAACACAUUUUGGACAAGUUACGUACGAUAGUUUACGCCAUACUACUAAAUCUGUACAAAACCUUACACAUUACCACCAACUAAAGGACUAAAAAUCACUAGUCAUAACCUUUAAGAGAGGUUAUGUUUUUGUUUAUAACCACUCGUUGUCACCCAAAUAUGCAGUAUAAUCAGCUGAUUGGUGUCCGGUAAAACUCAUUACAGUACAGUAGUACGCAAUGAACCCCCAUUUGAUUAAGCUGGCGGCAAAUAGCUGUUUUCUGGACUAAAUCCUUGCAUGGGAAGUUUUUCAAAAUAGUUUAGUGUGGCGUAAACACAUAUUUUUAAAAAUUAUAGAGAAUUUAUAGAUUUUGAAUUACACCCCUUCUUGACAUAUCAUACAUUAGUAGUAAACAAACCAAAUAGCUGGAAACUGCUCUGAACGUUUUGCAAUAAGAUAAUCAAGAAUGAAAUCCAGUGCAUUCCAGUCUUAGGAGUUUUGAUUCUAGUUUCAUCAAACCGCUUUUAAGAUAAGCUUACGGUAUUGUCUGCAUCCUGUCACAAACCCUUAAGUAAGGAGUGUUGUUACUUAGAGGUCAAUAACUUAGACACAUAAUAACUUAACCAGAAGUACUUAGUUUCUGACUAAUAAAAAAUGUGUAAAUAACAUUAAGGAAAUAUUUAACGAGAUACUUGCCUUUACACCAUCCCAUCCACAUAUUACAUCCGGCCUAAUAAAAAUAAAAAGAGUUUUCAAUUUUCCAAAAUAUUUUGCUUGCAGGGGUAAAGUGUGUCUCACAAUGUAAUAGCCUAUUGAAAAGUAAUUAGUAAGUGUUUAAUAAUGUUGAUCGUCAAUGUAAAAAAUGAAGUGGCACUAAGGUUAUAGCGAGGGCCAUUUCAAACGAUUUCUUUAUUCUUCAUUUGUCAUUUAAUUACAUUUUAACAUGUUACUCGACUACAAAUUGGCGAGUCGGUGGCUCAGUUAGCAGCGCCACGGACUGGCCCAAGGCAGCGAUGUCGUGGGUUCGGAUCCUGGAACCUGCACUACUUUUUAUCAAUACACUUCACCCUUGUUGUGUAUCGGCUCACCCCUUGCUUUGCUGGUUUCGUUCCUCGCACAUAUCCAUUGUGUAUGUGGACAGGCAAAUGCAAGGUUAAAAGAGAAUAACCUCUUAAAAAAUGUUUAAAUGUGAUGUGAAACUCAUAAGUGGAUCUUAGGGUUUGUUUCUAGUCAAGAACCGAAUCGGUACGUGAUAUUUCAUUGUUGUUUUCAAACAUUAUAAACAUUACACAUCAAUUUUCUUGUUUAGUGUUUUAGUUUUAGUAAAGUCCAAAACAAUCAUUAGGUUUGCAAAGUAGUCAAUACUUAUAAACAAAAACAUCAGAAACUAGUUUUUCAUGUUGAAACAUUUUGCUGUUAGCUAUUUAUUAGGACUUGUAAUGGUAAUGUGGUUGAAUUAACCUGGUCUUAAUCCCUGACAAGGAUACAAAAACCAUCUCAUGCUUUUCAUGAAAAAUGAUUACCCUCAAACUCAAGCAAAUCAUAAAAUGAUAAUUUAAACACUUUUUUCCCAAGAAACCAUUGGAAAUGGCCAAUAUGAGGGUUAGACAAAGAAGUGCCUAGGGUUAAGUCUGUCAAUAAAUAUAGCACAUUUUCUAUCUCUGCACUCCGUAAUUACUCAACGCCGAGCAAUAAUACACUUAAGGACUGGAAAAUUAGCGAAGAACACCUGUACAUGCACUAAGUUUCACGUUACAACGAUUUAUAUACUUUCACGACGAUUAUUGUUUAAAAUAUAUCAUCGAAACGCAUAGUGGCCUCUAGAAUACCAGUUUAAAUCUUUACUCCAAGGUUUAUUUAUUGUGAUAAGUGGUUGUUACACAUGUAAAUGUAUCUUUAUGGAGUGUACUUGUAGUACUUCUCAUUGAUGUGUUCCAUGUUCGAUUAAAUGUGAUUCAAAUUUUUUUUAGUUUUAAAAGCACAAAGUUAUAUGCACAUCGCAUAAAGUAAUUCAGUACAAUAGUUCCAUAUGACUGUAACUUUUUAUACUGUUGCACGUUUUAUCCUUUUAAAUAUUAUAGAAAUGUAUUUUAUUUAUAGAUGAAUAAUAUGUAUUUCUUCUAUAGACUUUUAUCUGUACUAUACUGAUGUAUGAAUCAGACUAAGUACAUUCAAAGAGCUGCUGGAAUGUUUAUGUCAGUUUAUAAAACCUGUUGAGCCAUCUUAGGGAACAUUAUGGAUGAAAUUUGUAAGUAUUAUUACAAUGUUUACAAUACUAAUAAAUUACAACCUUAAGAUUAAAGUUUUGAACAUAUAUCAUCACAACUAAAUUCACUUGUAUUUCUUUAUUGAUAUCGUUAUUCCUAUGAUGACAUCAUUCAGAAAUCAGAAGUUUUAUUUAAUAAUUAACUCAUAUUUUAGGCUCCACAUUACAAUUAAAUUACACAAUUACAUUACAUCUACACAUUACAAUAAGAGACAAAAUGAAAGUAAUAUAAAACAAUCUGAUUGGGUUUAUCCUCUAGUAGAUUCAUACAUUCUUAUGAGGGGGACAAACAAAAUAGAUCUAUAAUAUAAGUUAGUAUUAUGGUGUAAACAAUAUUUAUUUUCUAUUUGAUAUAAAAACAAAGCUCUAGAGCAAUUCAUGUGGUAACCACACGUAAAUUAAAUAUACUUUUGUAUUGGUUGGUCUAUGAAAAUAAGCACAUACACUAUGUAUGAACUGUGAUAUAAAAUUAUGUACAGCACACUGACUAAAUUUUGUAUUUAUACAUUUUAUACAAACUAUAGUAAAGUGCUGUACAAUAGGGGUAGUAGAUAGUUAAGCUGAAUAAAUACUUUUAAGACAGAAACGGGUCGUAUAGGCUAAGCAAAGACUUAUUACCUAUUUUAGUUCAAAGAAUUUACAACUGACAAAAACAUUCCAUAUUGACUCAAUAAUGACAAUAAUAGUAGAAAAAUAUGUACCUAAAACAAUAAAAUGUAGCAAUUGCUACUGUUAUAGUGAUUUUAGGUGAGAAUCUUAAAGCUUUCAACAUAUCCAUAUAAAUAUCAAUUUGUAGAAUUUAAGAUUGGGUAAAUAUUUUGUAGCUCUUAUAAAAAAUAUUGAGAUAAAAUUGUUCUUAAUGAGAAAUAUUUUUGUACAAAUCAGAUAUUGUGCCAGUGAAAAAAUGUUUCAGAAUAUGUCAAAGACAAAUACGCGUUUAUACCGUACUAGAAAGGUACUAGACUGGCAAUUCAAAUAGUUUAAUCAAAAUUUCAGUUAUUAGUCAAUAAAACUGAAGUAAUCAAAAUUGAAAAUAUGUAGGCUGCCAUGUAUUGGUCUUCAUUAGGAAAUGCAACGUUUUUUAAACAACCGAGAAACAAAAACGUUAUUAAAUGUCUCUUUCCAUAUGUUUCUUCUAUGUUAACUUUUUUUUACAAACAAAGUACAAAUUAUUAGUUUAAUUUAUUUUUUCAUUUGGGUAUGUAGCAUGUAUGUUAAGCUAUACAUUUUGAUUAUUUUAUUACU